GAAGAAAUUUAAGGAUGCAAAUUAAUAUAUAUAUAUCCCUCUUAUUGUUAUUGUAAAGCAUAUUUCAAACUUAGACAUUUCUUGAUUAUUUUUCAAAAAAAUAAAAAUGAAAGGAAGUAUGAGCUAUUGGGUCACACUAAUAGUGAUAGUGUGGAUGAAUGUGACUUUGAAAAAAACAAAGGGUGUGCAAUCUAUAAAAAAUCAAUUGUCACAAUUUGUAGAAGAAAAAGAAGUUGGAGGGACAAAAUGGGCUUUAUUAGUUGCUGGUUCUAAUGGUUAUGCGAAUUAUAGGCACCAAGCUGAUAUUUGCCAUGCAUACCAAAUAUUAAAAAAGGGUGGUCUUAAAGAUGAAAAUAUCAUUGUUAUGAUGUAUAAUGAUAUUGCCUACAAUGAAGAAAACCCAAUGCCUGGAAUUAUAUAUAAUAACCCUAAUGGACCAGAUGUUUAUUUUGGUGUCCCCCAUGAUUUUACAUAUAUUAAUGUGAAUGCGAACAAUUUUUACGCUGUGCUUAGUGGCAACAAAAGUGCUCUCACGGGAGUAGAUCAUGUCAAAGUGCUCAAUACUAAAUCAAAUGAUACCAUUUUCAUUUACAUGUCUGGUCACGGUAGUGAAGGCUUUUUCGCUAUGCCGGAUUCGGGUCAAAUAUGGGGCGACGAUUUGGUAAAUGCAUUGAAGAAAAAACAUGAUGCUUUAGCCUACAAAAAGAUGGUGAUAUACAUAGAAUCAUGUUAUUCUGGAAGCAUGUUUGAAGGAAUACUUCCAAAUAAUAUCAAUAUUUAUGCAACCACUGCUAGCAAUGCUCAUGAAGAUAGUUAUGGAUUUUACUGCCCUGAUUAUUCUUCAAAUUCACCACCUUUUUUUACCACUUGUUUGGGAGAUCUAUAUAGCAUUUCUUGGAUGGAAGACAGUGACAAAAGUAAUAGGACGAAUGAAACUUUGCACCAACAAUAUUUAAAUGUUCGCAAUAGAACGGCAAAAAGCGAUCCAGAAGCAAUGUCUCACGUGAUGGUAUAUGGAGAUUUAGUUCUAGGCAACGAUUCUCUAGCUACAUAUCUUGGUGUUGGCCCUGAUGGUGGUAAUGAUAACUACAACUUCAAUACUUCUUCAAGUCAUGAGUAUUCUUAUCAACAAUUCAAUAUGACAACAAGAUUGGUUAGCCAAAAAGAUGUUUCUUUACUUCAUCUAAAACUUAAGAUGGAAAAAGCACCGGAUGGUUCCAAAGAUAAGUUAAAAGCUCAAAUUGAGUUAGAUGUUGAAAUUGCGCAUAGAAAGAAUGUGGACCGCAACGUCCAUUUCAUAUGGGAUCUUAUGUUCGGAGAAGAUACAAACUCCACUAUGAUGACUCGUAUUCGUUCAGCCAGUCAACCCGUUAUCGAUGAUUGGGAUUGUCUAAAAAUGAUUCUAAAAACUUAUGAGCAUCAUUGUGGGAUUCUAUCACCAUAUGGAAUGAAAUACUCAAGAGCCUUUAUCAACGUGUGCAAUGCUGGCAUUUCUGAGAAACAAAUCAUUGAUGCAACAUCUCAAGCUUGUCCUAAGAAAAAUAAUUUUUCUUAACUUUCCUUCUAGAGGAUUAAUAAAGAAACUGUAUUGAUAAAUCAAUUGUCUUUCUUUUGAUGUGGAGUCUUUUGAGAGAAUUUUGAAUUAAACCUUAUACUAUUAUUUUAAAAAAAUUAUCCCUCCUUUCAGGGAUAUCUAAUAAAAUAAUCUAUGUACUCUUAAAUUAA